CUCAUUAUCAUACUAAGAAGGCGGCCUCUUUGAGCGCAGAUGAAACUUCAUCGGUCUCAUUUUGUCCGUUGUUCUCCUUAAAGUGAAAAACACACUUUUGCUCAAUGUCCACGAGCAGACAGCUGUUCGCUGUAAUUAUAAGGAACGUUUUCGAAUGCCCUUUGUAUUCUACUGCUUCGUUCUCACCGUUUGGCUUCCCUAAUAGAAGAAGAACAAGGGAAAAUGUUGUGGACAUUUCGUUAUUUUCUUGUCUGUGUUUCGUUAACUAACCUUGUGACCGCUGAGAAUCAGUGCAGGACAGAAAUUAACAUUCGUGGCAUGGCUCUCAAAGGUUUCGUUCUCAAGAGAAUGACAGUAGCAGCUCCUCAUAUCUGUGAUAUCCAAUGUGAAAGGGAAGUUACCUGCCAGAGCUAUAAUUUCAAUAGAAAAGAACAGAUCUGUGAAUUAAACAACCACACGAAGGAAGCAAGACCCAAGAAUUUCCGCUCAGACCCAGCGUGGUUUUAUAUUCGCCGUUUGAACGGAAUAGAAGCAGGUGCAUCAGGGAUUGACGUCUCAGGUUCAGAGGAUUGGUGGACCAAUUAGAGUAAAGAGAAGCAAAACAAAUACAGUCCGAAUAACUUUCAACACUCGAUUAGAUAUUCCUCUAGAGCUGUAAAAACGUGGCCAUUAUGUACCCUGACCUAACCUUAGGAGAUUGUUUAAUCUGGACAAUUUUCCUCAUAGCGUUUUAAUGAAACUUCCACGAUAGAAACCUCAGAGUAAUAACGAAAAAAAUAUCCAUAACUUGCUGAGAAUUAACUCCUGCUUACUGACCAAUGUAGGUGUUCUUACUGGAUGAAUUUUCUCAUUUACAAUCCUUCUAGCUCAAGUUGAGCUUUUAGUAGAAAGUUACGGGUAAUAGACUUCCCAUUUUGCCAGCCAAUUUUAUCCAAAGGGAGGGUUAAUAGUGAAAUCGAACACUUUCGAAAUUUAGCUGAAAGAUAGUGGCGGACGAAAGCACCUAGCAAAAAGAAGCCAGCUCCUUACUUGUGCUCAAGCGCUCUGCCGUGAGUAUCACAAGUCAAGUUAGCUUACAGUGCAGGCGUCUUUUUAAGGCGAGUUAGCGUUUUAAGCUUGUGAUUGUUAUCCGAACUCCAUGUAUGAUCUAGGGUCAAAGUGGACGGUAGAAAUUACUAAUGAAUUACUCAACCAAAUAGUUUUUUUCCCUGUCUGUUUUUCUUGCGGAGCAAAAGUAGAAGACAUUGGAUGUUAUGUGGUGGUUCCAAAUUAAGAUAAUCUCUGAUUAGUUAGUAAAAGAAGACGAAGUGCCUCUUAGGAUUUACUUUUUCCGUUCAAAAGGUGGAGGGAAAAUUAGA